AUGCGGGGUGACCUCAACAAGCUCGAGCUCAACAUCCACGAGCUCGAGCUCAACAAGCACGAGCUCGACUCAACAACCACGAGCGCAACAAGCACGAGCUCAACAAUCACGAGCUCAACAAUCACGUCAAGCUCACUCACUCUGCCGCCCUUGCCACCAGCACCGCCACCUGAUGAGGCUGCAGCUAUAGGAGCCGCUCUCGGAACAACGCUGGGAGUAGGUCUGGCGGUCGGCCUGGGCGUGGGAGUCUCCCAGGUUGUGCUGGGGGUUGCCCUCUUCCUAGCGGAAGGCUCGCUGACCUUGUCGAGCAGCAUUCCUUUAACCGGCACCAGUGAGCCGGAGUAUGUGAGGGUCUUGAAGAAGACCAUUGCCGAAUUAUCCGGCCCCAAGGUCUCCGAGACCGCGGUGGACAUUGUGCUGAACUGCGCGGCGGCGGGGCAGCGGCUGCUUCGACGCAGGCUGCAGGACACGGUGCCCGUGUGCUUCCAGGUGCGGGUCAGAGGCAGGACAGCCAGCACGAGCGUUUGUCAGCGCCUGUCCGGGUUCACUUCGAGCAACGCCCAGCGCGUGCUGUCCGACAACUUGGAAGAAAUCGGCGUGAGCCCCACAGCGGUGCAGGUGGUGAAUUGGCAAGCCAACGCCAACCCAUCCUCCUUCCAGCCCGGCGGGCAGCAGAACUUCAACCUUGAGGAGUCCUUGCUGGAGCGGGGACUGGAUCGAAUCCGGUCACCCAGGUGGCGGACGCUAGUUGCUCUGGGCGGCUUUGCAAUUUGUCUGGGUCUGCUGCGAUCUGCGGCUGUGCCGCGGCAGGUCGAGGAGAGCUCCAGCUCUAGCGAGAGCUUUCCGGACUUCCAGGAGGACUUCAUGACCACCCCCACCGCCGGGUGCCCGGCCACCUGCACCCGCUCGGUGCCCUGCUCGCCGGGCCAAAGCAAGAAGCAGCCGGGCUUCUUCUGGGCCUCCGUGAACCAAGCGGACUCCUCGGCCGUUCUGAACAUGCAACAGCUCCCCGCGGGACCACCACCUUACGAGGUCUUCUUCCAAACCCAGAGAAGAGGCUUUGUGUCAGUUGGCUUCACCUUUGCUCCUGGCACGACCUUUGAGCAAAGCUUCAGCAACCCUUCGCCCAGAGAGAGCGUGGACCUGCCCGGCGGUCAGGAUUGGCGCUGGGUGGGCACUUCAAAUCAACCGGCGCCAAAGAGUCUGCAGAUCAGAACUCGGAAGUUCCCCUCGGACACCCUGGCAGAGGUGGAUGACCUGGGGGGGGUCAAUUUUCAGAUCACCUUGCUUUAUGUUGACCGGAGCAACGACCCGAACACAAUCUUCGUGUGCCCUGUGUCCUCCUGCACCAUUCCCAAGGACUUUGUGGCUGACGGCUUCUGCGACUGCGAAGACUGCGAAGACGAAUACAACUGGGACUGUAGCAGAUGCGGCACGUCAUCCAGCUUCACCUCAUCCAGCUCCAGCACGAGCUCUUUCACCAACUCAACCACAACUACCACAUCUACCACAUCCAGCACAUCCACAACCACAUCGAGCACGUCGAGCACUUCCAGCACAUCCAGCACAUCCAGCACAUCCAGCACUUCCAGCACAUCCAGCACAUCUACAACUACAUCCAGCACAUCUACAACUACAUCAAGUUCAUCAAGCACUUCGAGCACCACUUCCACGCUGGUCGCCGUCGUGCCUCCGCCGAACGACGAUGCGGAGAUUGGUGCAGCGCUUGGGACCAGCAUAGGCGUGGGCGUUGGUCUCGCUCUGGGCUUGGGUCUGGGCCUCUCGCCGCUGAGCGCGCUCUUCCUGGCCCAAGGCACCGUGGUGUUGAGCGUGGAUAACCAGCAGCAGAUCGAAGGCGACGCGCGCUUCGAAUCCGCCCUGAAGCGGUCCAUCGCGGAGCUGGCCGGGCCGCCGGCCACCGAGGCCGCGGUGACUCUAACCUUUGGAUGCGCAGUUGGAGCGCGGCUCCUUUCCCGGGCACUUCGGGAAAUCUUGGAUCUUUGCUUCAAGGUGGAGGUGCGGGGCCAGGAGCCGAGUGAGAAUGUGUGUCAGCGCCUGAACUCCCUGGACGUCUUCGCGGCCUCCACGGUGGUGAGUCGCAACCUGGAGGAGGAGGGGGUCCAGCCAGGCACCGUCACAGUGGUGCGAUGGGACACGGACCCAAAUCCCAUCGCCGCCAACCCGGGGAACCUGAACUCCGGAAUCUCGCAGCCCUUUUUGCCGCCCUCGGCGGUGAAUUUGGGUUAG